GAUGCAGAUUUGCCCUCCAUCCCUGCUACAUUUAUCAAAAAGAAACCCACAACUCAAUGCCUCUUCAAAAUUUCUUCAAAUUUCUCAAGAAAACAACAGUUAAAGAAAGGGGAAGAAAACCUUCAGCACUUUCAGAGGGACUAUGUCGUCAAUUUUCACUAGCUGAGCUCAAAGCUGCCACCAACAAUUUUCAUCAUGAUUUGAAACUCGGUCAAGGUGGUUAUGGCGUAGUAUACAAGGGCCUCAUUGAUGGUGGCUCCUUGGUUGUCGCUGUCAAACGUUUCAGUGGAUCAAAACAUUGCCGGCCUGAGGGAGAGUUACUCUGCCAGCUGCGCCACCAGAAUAUUGUCUCUCUUCUCGGGUUUUGUCACGAGGAGCGUGAGAUGAUCCUUGUGUUUGAAUACGUGACCCGUGGGUCACUGGAUCGUCAUCUUUUUGGGAAUGCUGAUCCACUCCCGUGGAAGCGGAGACUAGAGAUAUCUAUUGCGGCAGCGCGUGGAUUACACUACCUUCACACAGCUGCAAAGCAUGUAAUAAUUCACCGUGAUGUCAAGCCUUCUAAUAUUCUUCUGGACGAAAAUUGGGAUGCUAAGCUUUCAGAUUUUGGAACAUCCAAAAUUGGUCCCCUUAGCAUCUCAAAGCCUAAGCCCAACGCUUUGACAAAAACGAAGUCAGGAAUUAAAGGUACAAUUGGGUAUAUUGCUCCAGAAUAUCUAAUGCUUAGUGAAUUCAGUGAAAAACUUGAUAUCACCGGUCAAGGAGUUGAACGGUUCCAAAAUGAGGAACAGUUACUCUGCCAGCUGCGCCACCAGAAUCUUGUUUCUCUUCUUGGGUUUUGUCACGAGAAGGAUGAGAGGAUCCUUGUGUAUGAACAUAUGACCCAUAGGGGAUUGAGUGAUCAUCUUUUUGGGAACGCUGAUCCACCCCCAUGGAAGCGAAGACUAGAGAUAUGUAUUGGGGCAGCGCGUGGAUUACACUACAUCCACACAGGGGCAAAGUAUGCAAUAAUUCACCACGAUCCCAAUUGUUCUAAUAUUCUUCUGGACGAAAAUUGGGAGGCUAAGCUUUCAGAUUUUGCGUUAUCCAAGAUUGGUUCCCUUAGCAUCUCAAAGCCUAAGCCCAACGCCUAAGCCCAACGCCUUGACAAGAAAGGAGUCGAAUGUUGUAGGUACCUAUGGCUAUAUCCCUCCAGAGUAUAUGAUGUGUCAUGAAGUCAGUGAAAAAGUUGAUGUGCACUCACUAGGUGUGUUUUGUUGGAAGUAUUGUGCGGUAGAACGGUCAUUGAUCGCAUGGCAGCAGAAGAGGAUUUGAUUUCUGUUGGAGAACAGAAAAAUGGAAAUAGAUAACAAAGUGAUUG